AUGGCGGACGACUCACUCAUUGUACCCGUCCUGCUGGCUAACGGAUCUCUUCAUCACCCCAGCGUGUCAUCCGAUGCACUUGCCCAGGACCUUAUCGGAGUACUUACUGCUCGGGAGGAAGUGGUAUCUAGUGUCCUCGGAGAACUACAUGAUAGUGGCUGGGCGCUGCAGCUCGUUCGUAGUCAACCGAAAGUUCGUAAGUGGGAAGAUGCAGAACUCAAGGUUCUCGGGGAUGGCAUCAUCGACCCGUUGACUCCCAUUGCUCGCUUGCUGGAACAAUCAAACCAUCCAGUGAUAAAUGCGUCUCAGAGGCACUUUUCCACGUUUCCCCUGACAUCCCAUUUACAUUCCCCAGCACUACGUUUGGUUUCGCUACACGCGGCUCUCUCCUUGUCUCUCUCGCUUGCGCGUGUGCCCGAGAUUCAUGACGGGUUUAUUUGGACGGUAUAUUAUGCUCGGAGUUCGACUGUGGAGGAUGUCAUUCGUUCUGUGGUCGGGGAUUUGGGUCUUGCUAAGAGCUUGCCCAUGGCCGGAGGAGGCAACCUUGAGUAUAUCAUUCAGGAUGGCGGGAUCUCAUCCUCAUCAGUAUUGUCCGACCUUAUCCAGUCGUCCUUGGCAAAAUCCCGCCAGAAGCCUUCAUUGCGAUUCUGCGUACCAGAGGAAUGGUACCUUCGCCCACAAGCUCUUUUACCAUCCUCCGUCCAGCCUUCCGAGGAAACCCUGAAGCGUUUUGAGGACAUACAAGCAGAAGAGGAUGACGCAGAGGGUACUGCAAAGCAGAAUAAGUCUACUCUCGAUGCAGUGACGGCGAAUGCUAGCAUCGCUCGAUCAGCUUCUCCAGAUUGGCGUGAUUCACUCACGAGUCUCUUUGCAUGGCAGCAGCCGGCACCUCCUGCCUCGCCACCAUCAUCGUCAAAGAAGCGCAAGAGUGUGAGCGAUCCAGUCCUUGUCGAGCAACGGACUGGCGGAAGCAUUAUGUCGGUAACACAAUCGAUUAUUCUAGAAGACGAGACACUGGAGAUCGAUCGAGCCGAGUUCGAACGUUGCCUCGACCACAUGGCAUUGAAAGGAGACGCAAGGGACAAGAUGUAUCUAUUACCAGCUGCUAAGAAACGGCAGAUCAUUGAACAAGCACGGGCUUUCCAUUCGACUCUUGACAGAAAGGCUCCUCAACCAUCUCAGUCCACAUAUUCCACAUUGGGAACUUCUGGCGGGGGAGCUUUCCUUCCUCGACUGGUUCCCCAGCUCACAGGCGACUCGGGAAUACUGAAGCGCUUCUCAAUGGUGACUUGGGGUACAAGCACCGCAGCGCCACCGGUUAUGUCCCCCGAUCUCAAUCGAUCCAGUGGCGAAUUUGACAAAGUCACAGAGACGAUGCAACCCCUGCAAGCACAGACUACUGGCAAUAUGUUCGGCAACUGGUGGGCGUCUUCAGGUGGAGAGAAGAAUGCCGAAACAGAGAGUGCGAUAUCUGCAAAGCGAUAUGUUGAUGGCUUGCGCAACAUGAGGACGGAUUCCAGGCUUGUCAAGCACCUCAUUUCCCUCCGGGUGCAUCUAUCUACUGCAAAGUUACCAUGGAUCGAGGACUUCAUCGCGGAAGAUGGCAUGAACGCAAUGGGUGAUGCGCUUGCAGCACUCGUCGGCAAGGGCGGGAAGAGAACAGUCCUAGCGGACAUAGAAAGUACGGUACUACUGGAGAUCAUCAAAUGCUUCAGGGUACUCCUCAAUACUCAGGCUGGAUUUGACAGCGUUUUGUCGUCUCCUACAAUCAUCACUCAUGUAGCAUAUUCUUUUUACGGCGCCUCUCUGAGGACACGCAUGCUUGCUGCCGAACUUCUUGCCGCUAUUUGUGUACUCUCGUUCAAUCAGGGUCACAAGGCCGUCAUGGCUGCAUUAUCAGAAUACCGCAUCGCCUAUGAUGAACUGUACCGCUUCGAGUUUCUGGUCGCUGCUUUGCGUAUAUCAGACCAGAGUAACGAUCCUGCAGCCAACAGUGCAUCCUUACAUGAUGAAGAUGGUAUAUGGGAGGCGCGAACUGCUUUCAUGGCCCUCGUCAAUGCCCUCACUAACUGUCCUGAAUCCCUGGAAGACCGCAUUCUGCUGCGCGAAGAGUUUGGGCGACGAGGCUUAAAUGAAGUCAUAGUGACUCUCCGCUAUACGAAACCGCCAGAUUAUCUACUGACUCAACUGGAUCUUUAUAUGGAGGAGAAGUACGAGGAUGAAGAGGAUCUGCGAGAGCGAACACGAAACACCGUGUGGGGCGGUAGGGGCCACAGAAAGGAACACUCUGAAUCAGACAUCUUCCUGGAUGAUCUCCUAGAAAGCGCGAACGACGUGGGGCUCGGAUCCGUAUCAAUGAGUAUUUUGCACCGCUUGUCUUCUAUCAUAAAGAGUGAUGCUGAAUUGAACGUCAAAGUUGAUCAACUAACUAUAGUGAAUACAUUUUUGGAUCAGAUCUUCACUGCGGAUGAUAUUGACUUGGGCUGGAUUCCUCUGAUUACGAGGUUUCUUGAGGCAAUCCGGCCUAUUACUGGCCAGGAUAUAAGCAUUGAUGCCGUUGAUGGUGGGAUGAAGUGCGAGCUGGAAAGCCUUCGUGUCCAGAUAGAUGGUCUGAUUCAGACGAACUCGGCACUCAAGACAAGGCUUGAACAACGCACAGGAUCAAAUCAGCAGAAGCCGAAUGCUUCUAGCAAAGGAAACAAACUUGUUCAACGGCUGAUGCAGAAGGAGAAGGAAGUUACCCAACUACAGGCGGAACUUGAGCGCUUGAACUCUCAAUUUCGAACAACGCGCGCGAUGCUGAAAGAACGCGAAAGGGCAAGGCUUCACUCACUCCAUGAAGAAUUGAAUAAACAGCAGCUUCAGGCAUGUCACCCAUCCAUAACCUACAUUGAGAUGAAUGAUUCUCUUGCCGCCAAAGACAAGGAGGUUGUAUACCUCAAACGCGCUCUUGAAUCGGUAUACUCACGCUUUCAAACGAGGCAAGAGGAAAGAGCUUCUGAUAUGGACGCCCAACUCAUUGCGAGUCGCACCAUCGAGAAAAUUGUCAAGCGAGACAAUGAACACACAGCACUGAAGACGGAGGUUUCAGACCUCAGGCAACUGUUGGCUGCGAAAUCGACAUCUAUGUCAGAAAUGGAGUUCAAGUCCAGGAACGCGCCCCCUCCACCUCCACCGCAAGGUUUCAAGUCCAGUGCGAUUUUUGUGCAAACGCCCGAAGAAACAGAUAUAAGCGCAACAUCGAAUGCGACUGGCGUUCCUCCACCUCCACCUCCACCCCCUCCCCUACCACCACCGCCGCCACUUUCUCCAUGGGCCGUUCCAAAUCGUAAAGAGACCCCUACCAUGGAGUUGAAGGACACCAGUCAGACAGUCUUUCACUCUUCUUCUUCUUCUUCUUCUUCUUCUUCUUCUCCUCCUCCUCCUCCUCCCCCUCCUCCACCGCCGCCGCCGCCGCCGCCUCCGCCUCCGCCUCCAUCAUUCCCUUCUUCAGGAAAUAAAACAAAAGCCGCUGGGCCAAAACUGAAGCCCUUCUUCUGGACCAAAAUCCAUAAUCAGAGUUGCGGCGCCACAGUGUGGGUAGAAUCCACAAUUUCACUGGAUUUCAAGCUAGAUGAUCUUGAAGCAACGUUCACAAUUGAUAAUACACCAACCUCACAUUCCAAAGCCGCAAAUUCCACACGGAAACAAAGUGUUACAACCCUUCUUGAUAUUACCCGUGCUAAUAACAUCGCUAUCAUGCUUUCGCGUUUUAAAAUGACUCCUCUUGAAAUCAGUCAAGCUCUGCUAAGUCUCGAUGACAAACUGACCAUCGAUGACUUGAAGGCCAUCAGCAAGCAGCUACCAUCUCCGGAAGAGGUCGCUCGUAUGAAGGAUUUCCAUGAUGUAAGCAAGCUAGCGAAGGCCGAUCAAUAUCUGAGUGCCAUUAUGACGAUUCCAAGACUCCCGCAGCGGCUGGAGUGCAUGAUAUAUCGCCAAAAGCUAGAACUCGAGAUCGAGGAAAUUCGUCCGGAUCUAAAAACCAUUCAUGAUGCGUGCAUAGAAUUACGAGCAUCUGCGCGUUUCAAGUUGAUAUUACGAGCUGUACUCACAGUUGGGAACGCAUUGAAUGGGUCCAGCUUUCGCGGAGGUGCCUGUGGGUUUCGCCUGGAAGCACUCAUGAAGAUGAAGGAAACAAGGACCGCAAAGGGCAGCUCAGAAUGCCCCACUCUCCUGCAUUAUGUUACCCGAGUCCUCAUUCGGUCCGAUCCGUCACUUACACUUUUCAUCGAUGAGAUGCCUAGUGUGGAAUCAGCUGCUCGUAUAUCCUUCCCCACGUUACAACAGAACGUCAAAUCUUUACUUACAUCGCUGGACAAGGUUAAAGAAGAAAUAAGCCUGCUGAAGCAGAUUCGCACACCCUCCGAUAACGACCAAUUCGUGACAAUUAUGCAGCCGUUUACCCUCGAAGUGGCACAAAGCGUCGACGCGCUCAAUAAAAUGGCUGCCCUCGUUGAAAUAGACUUACGAGCUCUCUUCUCUUACUAUGGCGAAGACCUGGAUUCGCCGGAGGGACCGAAGCCAGAUGACUUUUUCGGGAUGAUCUGUUCAUUUUCAUCAUCCUUACAGAAAGCCGCUUUGGAAAUGCACGAUACACAGAAGAAGGCCCCUCAUUUGGCUCAGGGGAAGACGUCGUCUUCGCUGCAAAGUAACUCCGAAGAGCAUGAUCCCUCACACGAUUUACUUAUACCCUCUGCCGGCAUACACGAACGUUCAACAUCUAUUGGUCGCGGUAACUUCGAUGAAGCCAUACGCUCUUUGAGGGAAGGCCGUAAAAGAUGUCGAGCUCCUCGUUCUAUCGCCAGAGCGAACAAAAUUUUUCUUGAUGGACGACCCGACCCUUCGUAA